AUGGGGUGUGGGGCGGGGGAGUGGAGGCGCGAGGCGCGGCAGCUGCUGCUGCUGCUGCUGUUGCUGCUGCCUUUGCUGCUGCUGCUGUUGCUGCAGCAAGGGGCCCUUGGUGUAGCACAAGAUAACUCAGGGCCUUUCUUUGGGUUUAUUGGGUUCUCUGGAGGGGGUCUCCGCAGUUUUCUUUCACGUAGUUCUCCUCGCAACCGCAGCAGCAGCAGCAGCAGCAGCAGCAGCAGCAGCAACAGCGGGCACAGCAGCAAGAUCAGCAGCAGCGAGUUUGGAGGUGUUAACAGCCUUAAUCCUGCUGCUUCUUCUGCUGCUGCUGCUGAGGGGCGUUUAUCUGCUGCUGCAGUCCCCUUUUCUUUUGAACUGUCUCCUCUGUCUCCUUCAUCUUGUUCUGAGUGUCUGUGGGGGGGGUUUGGACGGCGCGAAUCAGCAGCAGCAGCAACAGGCACUUCGCUGCAUGCAGCAGCAGAUGAUGGGUUGGUCUUAGAUGCAAAUGAUUAUACAGAGAAGGCCUGGGAGGCAAUGUCUGCACUCGGCUCUAUAGCUGAUAAACACGAGUCUGCGUAUGUUGAAGCAGAGAUGCUGCUUCUAGCUCUGCUGCAGGACGGGCCUGAGGGGCUAGCGCAGCGGGUGCUGACGCGCGCUGGUGUGUCUGUGGAGCCGCUGCAGCAGGAGCUGCAGAGACACCUGGAGAGACAGCCGCGCAUGGCUUUAGGGUUUGGAGAUCAGAAGGUCUUAGGCAGGGGUCUGCAGCAGGUCUUAGCCUCAGCACAACGCUUCAAAAGAGAAUUCAGAGAUGAGUAUCUGUCGGUGGAGCAUCUGCUGCUCGGGUUAGCAGCAGAGGAGUCGCGCUUCCUGCGCCCAGCGCUGCAGCGGCAGGGGGUCUCCUUCAGCAAAAUCAAAGAAGCAGUAACAGAAGUGCGAGGCAAGAAAAGAGUAAACAGCAAGAACCCAGAAUUGGCAUACGAGGCGUUGGAUCGGUAUUCAAAGGAUUUAACAGCUGAGGCUCGUGGGGGUAAGCUAGACCCUGUGAUAGGUAGAGAUGAUGAAAUAAGGCGUUUAAUUCAAAUAUUAUCAAGACGAACAAAGAACAACCCGAUAUUAUUAGGAGACCCAGGGGUAGGAAAGACAGCAAUUGUUGAGGGCCUCGCUCAAAGGAUCGUCUCCGAGCGUCUGAAGGCAGUGUUGAAAGAAGUAGAGGACGCAGAAGGAGGCGUCGUUUUGUUCAUCGACGAAAUCCACACAGUCGUCGGCGCAGGCGCAUCUACUGAAGGCGCAAUGGAUGCAGGAAAUCUACUUAAGCCUCUGCUCGCCCGCGGUGAACUCCGCUGUAUCGGCGCCACCACAACUCAGGAGUACAGACAGCACAUUGAAAAGGAUAAGGCUCUUGAGCGUCGUUUCCAGAGGGUCUUAAUAGAAGAGCCGCAAGAAGAAGCAACAGUUAGUAUAUUAAGGGGGCUUAAAGAAAGAUACGAAGUUCACCAUGGUGUGCGUAUUUUAGACUCUGCACUCGUUGAGGCUGCUCACCUCGCCAAUCGAUAUAUCACGGAUCGUUAUUUACCGGAUAAGGCAAUAGAUCUGGUGGAUGAGGCUGCAGCAAGAUUAAAGAUACAAGUUAGCAGCAAGCCUAUCCAGCUAGAUAGGCUAGAUAGGCUGCUGCUGCAGCUUGAGAUGGAGCGCAUCUCUAUUCUAGGAGACAGCAAAACACGCAGUCUUGAUGAAGCAGAGAAACUUCGUCUUCGAGCGGUGGAGUCGCAGAUAGAGCGUCUGCAAGCGCAGCAGGCAACUCUAACAGAUGCAUGGACAAAGGAAAAGGCACAAGUGGAUGCAAUCAGAGCAAUUAAAGAAAGAAUAGAUGUCGUGAAGGUGGAGGUAGAAAGAGCAGAGAGAGACUUUGACUUAAAUAGAGCAGCAGAACUCCGAUUCGAAACGCUACCAGAUCUAGAGAGGCAGUUGCAGGAGGCUGAGUCUGAGUACAAAGCAGCGCAUGCAGAGGGAAAGCGUCUGCUUCGUGAUGAGGUAACAGCAGCAGAUGUUGCUGGGGUUGUCUCUGUUUGGACGGGUAUCCCCUUAAACCGAUUAAAGGAGACAGAAAGAGAGAAGCUCUUACACCUCGAAGACAGACUUCAUCAACGCGUUGUGGGCCAAGACAGAGCGGUGCGGGCUGUAUCAUCAGCAAUUCAGCGCUCUCGUGCAGGCAUCAACGACCCUAAGAGGCCUCUCUCAUCUCUUUUCUUUUUAGGGCCGACCGGGGUAGGGAAGACGGAGCUCUGUAAAGCAUUAGCUGAAGCUCUCUUUGCUUCAGGUGAAUACACUCAAACUCUCUGCCUCACUUACUAUGAUGAUAGACACUCCGGGAAGGCGCUGCAGGCUGUUCGAGAUACACUGAGGCCUGAGUUCUACAAUAGAAUUGAUGAAUUUGUUGUCUUUGACCCCCUUACUAAACAACAAAUAAAAGAAGUCAUCCGCUUAGAGAUGGAGAAACUCGCAGAUAGACUCAUGGAGAAGAAAAUUAAAGUUAAAAUUGAAGACUCAGCCUUAGUGCACAUGGCGGAGACAGGCUACGACCCUGCCUUUGGCGCUCGGCCUCUUAAACGCUUAAUUCAGCAGCAAGUAGAGACAAAGAUUGCAGAGUUAGUGCUGCGGGGAGACUUAGAGGAAGGAGACACUGCAACGAUUAAAAGUAAAAACAACUGUCUCCUUUUUGCUGUUCACUCGCAUGCAACAGGAAAGACUACAGAAUAUCCUGCAGCCCAAGCGCACACCCCUGCUAAACCAGCAGCAGAAGCAGCAGCAGCAGAAGAGUCUCCUGCUGCUGCAGCAGAGACAGCAUCAACAGAGUCUCCUCCUGCUGCAGCAGAGACGCUUCAGGGCGAACAGCAGCCCCUGGAAACUGUUAAGGAGAAGUAG